CGUGUAUGCACCAGUUGCUGCUGGAUAAGAUAAGGCGGAACACAAUUGUUCCGGUCCGAGAUAAAUCAGCCAUCGAAAAAAAGUUGCCCGCAUGGCGAAUAAUCCGGGGAAUAAUUUCUAGCUAAAUAGCACCCUCACCGUCCCUCGUUAACUCUCGCUCCGCAACCAUAGGGUUCUUGCGCUUUCUUGCCCCGUGGUUGGGGAGACAGAUUCCUAAAUCACGGCAUUCAAACCUCCUCAAGAUGACGAUUUCCGAGACACAACCCGUUUCGCAAAGCAACGGCGAGGCGCAAAAUGCGCCUGCCCACGCAACUACACAACCGAGGAAGAAGCUGCAGGGUAGGGAGUUAUACAAGAGCAUAGGGAGUCCUAAGUAUAUUGUGGCUCCUAUGGUGGAUCGGUCUGAAUUUGCCUGGCGCAUGCUUACUCGCUCGUUCAUGCCUCGCGAUGACCCCAGGCCACUGCUUGCAUAUUCGCCCAUGUUCCACGCGCGCUUGUUUCGUGAGCAGGCCGGCAUGCGCCUGCAACAUUUCCAGCCCACCCGCGCUGCUAUCAAAGGCGAUGAUACCCCCUAUCUUGACGGAAACCCUUCAAUAGACCGGCCUCUUUUUGUGCAAUUCUGCGCGAACGACCCGGAUGAUUUCUUGGAAGCUGCGCGCCACGUAGCGCCAUACUGUGACGCUGUAGAUUUGAAUCUUGGGUGUCCUCAAGGGAUUGCGAGACGAGGUCACUACGGGGCUUUCCUUCAGGAGGAUUGGGAUCUGAUCUAUAAACUGAUUAACAAAUUACACAACGAAUUGGAUGUCCCCAUUACCGCCAAAUUUCGCAUACAGGAGUCGAAAGAGAAGACCUUGGAAUACGCAAAGAUGAUCCUAUCCGCUGGGGCAAGCAUAAUCACCCUCCAUGGACGCACGAGAGAGCAGAAAGGUCACAAUACGGGUAUGGCGGAUUGGAGUUAUAUUCGUUACCUUCGUGACAAUCUGCCCCCGGACACGGUUAUAUUCGCCAAUGGCAACAUCCUGAACUAUGAUGACCUGGAACGUUGUCUUGAAGCGACAGGUGCUGAUGGCGUGAUGAGCGCUGAAGGAAACCUGUCGGACCCAGCCGUGUUCAGCAUUCCUCCCGCUGUGGGAAGUGAAGGUAGGGAAUACUGGCGUGGCCGGGAUGGAAAGGGUGGAUACCGAAUUGACGCCAUCUUCCGGCGGUAUCUGGAUAUUAUCUACAAAUAUGUCCUUGAGCAACCUGUACCGGACAGGAAACCCCUUUAUCUGCCGUCAGACCCUGACGAGCCGGAAACAACGAAAACAACGAUAGAACCCGCCGCAGAGGAGGCCGAGGAAGACGGGCCACCAAAAAAGAAACAAAAGCGUGACAAGUCGAAAAGACCCAAUUCGCCCAGUCUUGGGGUGAUGCAGGGGCACCUUUUCCAACUACUUCGCCCGAUGGUUGCGAAACAUACCAAUGUUCGGGACGCACUUGCACGGUCAAGGCCAGGCGACAUGGCUGCGUUCGAGCAUACCCUGGCUCUCACCGAAAAGGCAAUUAAAGAAGGCCUUAAGGAAUACGAGCAAUUCCCGGAACGCUUUGAGACAGCUCCUAACCAAGAGCUCACAGGCUCCAAGGCGACGAUUGCCGAGUAUGGCAGGCCGUGGUGGGUCUGCCAACCACACAUUCGGCCCCUGCCUGAGGAAGCCUUAGAGAACGGAGCCCUCACAGAGAAGAAAAAGAACACGAAACAAGACAAGACCAAGACCGAAGCACCCGCAGAGAAAGCCAUUACCCCUGCUGAAGGGGCUAGCGCUCCCGAAAGCUCGACCAAUCCGUCAGCUGCAGCAACACCGGACGCCUUGGUAAGCGGUUAAAGCGAACGUCUCGACACAGCAUCCCCAUUCAAUACAGUUAAAGCGCACCGACUAUAGACAUCCUACCUACCUACCACAGAAGCCCACAAUACCCACGACAGUUACGGUAUAUAGAGUUCUAGACAUUUAUGCAUAGCAUUCUGAGUUCAAAUAUCAACUCCAAGAAACCACAUACCAUCAUGGUCUCUUGUCCAGCCUGGUAUCUCAGUAGAAACAAAGCCAAAAAAAAUAAUAAAUAAAUAAAAAUAAAAAUAAAAAAUAAAAAGAAACCUCCAACUCCAAACCCCAAAUCCAAAACCCAACCCUAAAAAUCCAAAACCAAUUGCGGCGCCAUCUU